AUGAUAACUGUACCUACGUCCUUAUCUAUAUUUACUACUACUAAGUACUCUGUACAUAAAUCACGCAAACUUCUUUUCAUUGACCUGAGUGGUAGUGGUAGUGGUAGUGGUUUACUCCUUGAUUCAGGGACGGACGUAACUCAAGUAUUUAUGUGCUUAAAUAUACCCGCGCCUUUAUUUUUCUAUCGCUAUACGAGUGGCUAUGGCUUUAGAUCGUCAAAACAAUCGUCAUCGCAUCUGCAUGUCCCGGUAUUUGGGUCAACAGGCAUGUUCACAGAUACCUUGUCCGGUUGGGAUCGACCCCCACCCACCGCCGAUUUGGACGUAAAAAAACAACAACAACAACAACAACAACCAAAUACUUACGGUAAGUGGCAGUGUGUUGCACCACCACCCCCCACCACUCAUGGUCUAGAGUACUAUCAUGCAGAACUUUUUUCCGUUGUGCAACGUUGGCAGAAUCCCGAGACCUGGUUCUAG